AUGACUGAAAAAAAUAUGCGUCGAUUUCAAACAGCACUUUUAUUAAUUACAAAUCCAAUUCGUUCACGUAUCCCAUUUAUUCUUUCUUGUGUUAUACCAUAUGUUGAAAGAAAUCUUUAUGUUGUUGUUCAAAAUUCAAAUUUUCAAUUAUCAUCAUCAUCAUCAUCAUCAUCAUCAUCAUCCGAAACAUUAUUUGAUCGUGAACAACAAAAAGAACGUAUACGUCCAAUGUUAUAUGCCAUAUAUAAACACUUAACAGUAACAAAAAAUCCUUCAGUUGAUAUUCUUCUACAUAAUGUUGAUUCAGUAAUAAAAUCUACAAAUCCUAUUCGAUUACCUCGUAUAUGUGAAGCAGUUUUUGCUGAUUGUUCACCAUCACCAGGAUUAUAUAACUAUUGUCGAGAUCAUUUUCAUGAAUUAGAUCAGAAUUUUGAACUUCGAAUCAUUGAUGAAAAAGAAGCGACAGAAGAUCAAUCGGCUGAUAAAUUUCCUACAUUUGAUAAUGAUUUAUUUAAUACGAGAUCUACUAGUCAAUAUAAUCGAGGAGUUUUGGGUGGCACAUUUGAUCGAUUGCAUAAUGGACACAAAUUAUUGUUAACUGAAAGUGCUCUACUCUGUGAUGAGAAAAUUGUUGUUGGUGUAACUGAUGGUGUUAUGAUACAAAACAAAAUCACGUACUUACCAUGUAUUACGUCUACUAAGGUUUUAUCUGAAGUGAUUGAACCAGUGAAUGAUCGUAUGUCAAAUGUUCGUUCAUUUGUUGAUUUAAUUCGACCUAGCCUUUAUGUACACUGUGAACCAAUUGAAGAUCCAUGUGGUCCAUCAGCAACAAUGGCUGAUUUAAAUUGUAUUAUUGUUACUGAUGAAACACAACAAGGUGCAUUACAAGUUAAUAAAGAAAGACAACAAAAUGGUUUAUCUCAAUUAGCCGUUCAUGUCAUACCAAUGGUUCCAGCUGAUGAUAAUAAUCAAGAUGGAGAUAACAAAUUAAGCUCCACUUCACUUCGACGACAAAUGCUUAGUAUCCUUCUUAAACCACCUUUGAAAUCAGCCGAAUCCAAUCGACCUUACGUGAUUGGUCUUACUGGUGGUAUCGGUUCAGGAAAAUCAAGUAUCGCUCGAAGACUUGAAAAACUUGGUGCUGCUAUUAUUAAUUGUCAUGAAACAUAUAAAGUGGAUACUGAUGUUUAUAAAAAGAUAAUCGCAACAUUUGGUGAAGAAAUUGUCAAUCCUACUGAUCGAUCCAUUGAUAGAAAAAUACUUGGUAACAAAGUCUUUCAAUCAUCUGAUGAACUCAAAAAACUAACAGAUAUUGUUUGGCCUGCUAUUUUAAAUUUGACACAAGAACGAAUUGAAUAUUUAUUUAAAGAAGGUAAACGUGUAAUUAUACUUGAUGCAGCUGUAUUACUUGAAGCACAAUGGACUGUAGCAGUAAAUGAAGUAUGGAUUGCAUCUAUUCCUCCAAAAGAAGCUAUUCGACGCGUUGUCGAACGAGAUCACCUAUCACCUGACGAAGCAAAACGUCGUUUAAGUAUACAAAUGUCAAAUCAAGAACGAUUUCCAUAUGCAAAUGUUCUUCUUUGUACUUAUUGGGCAGAAAGUGUCACUCAAAAACAAGUUGAACAUGCUUGGCAUCUGCUUUUAGAACGUAUUAAUUGUGAUAUUCCUAAAUUUUAA